AUGAGCUCCCCCGACGCUCUCGCCGCCCUCCGCAGCGCCGCCGCCUCCAAAUUCUCCAUCGCACCCGUCGACAGCGCCGACGCCCUCGCACCCUCCCUCCUCCUCGCCACCCACCUCCGCCUCUCGCCCACCCUCGUCCUCCCCAAGUCCACCCCGACCCGCCUCCGCCGCCCCGCCGCCGCCAACACUAGUGCUGGCGCGAGCGCCGCAGAGCCGUCCGACCCGCUCGCGGAGCCCGAUGCGUUCUUCUCCCUCGCCGCGGUGUACCUCGCGUGGUCCCUGCGCGACGCGAGCAGCGCCGAGUACAUGAAGCACGCGCGCGAGAGCGGGCUCGCCGUCGGCUUCGUCGGCCUCACGGAACGCAAGGGCGUCGUCGAGUGGCUCUCGGGGAAGCUCGCCCACCUCGACAGCGUCGUCCCGCCCACCGGAGGUGAGGGCACGACGACGCCCCCCGGCACCCCGCCGCCCGACGGCUUCUUCUCCAAACACGCCCGCUCGACGCUGCGCACCGCCGCGCACGCCUCGCACGGGCGCACGCCCACUGCCUCGCCCGCGAAGCGGCGCUACGUCGCGGACGCGCACGACCUCGAGAUUGUCAAGAAGAUCCGGCAGGGCGAGGUCGAGCUGCGCGACCGCACCACCGUCCUGCGCGGCAUCAAAGCCAACAACUUCGCUGCGAUUCGGAAUGCGUACACUGCGAAGCUGAAGGCUAUCAAGGACGCGAAGAAGCCGGGGAAAGCCCCCGCCGCGAUACCCGCUGUCCCAGACCCAAAACUGCUCGCGCGCAGACAAAAAAACUACUACCCCAUCAUCAUGAUCUCCUCCUCCCCGACCGCCCUCGUCACCAUGCACAACGUCAAGCGUUUCCUCGAAGACGCCCUCUUCGAGCCCUCCUCGGACGCGCGCGCGCGCGCAGCUGCCGAGGGCAACACGCGCCCGGAGGACCUGAUCCCGGUGUACCGCCGGCGGACGACGAUCGACCCGUCCGGGCGGGAGACGACGACGAACCAGCGAUACUACGUCGUGGACAGCGUCGACGCGCUGAACAAGUUCGGCGCGGACGCGUGGGACCGGGUCGUGUGCGUGAUGACGACUGGCCAGGCGUGGCAGUUCCGGCCGUAUAAGUGGAAGGAGCCGCUCAGCCUGUUCCACCACGUGAAGGGCGUGUAUGUGUCGUGGACGAACGACCCGCCGAACCCCAAGAUCAAAGACUGGAACGUCACCGAGAUCAAGAUUGACCCUAAUCGGCGACACGUCGACAAGUCGACCGUGGCGCACUUCUGGAAGAUGCUCGACACGUGGACGACGCAGAACAAGCCGUCGCUGAUGAUGGCCUGAACGCUUCACUCGCCCAGCGUCUGGACGUGCUCGCUGCUGCCGGUGACGCCCUGUGCACCGUGUAUCAGAUCGCGGGACGUUGUGUUCCUUUUACAUCGAGUGGUGGAUACGCGAUGUGUGCUUAUGCGUUGGCUAUAGUGUAGCCCACGCUCCGGUUUCUGCUUCGGUUUCUUGUGCUCUCGUUUGUACGAAUGUCGGUCUAGCUACUACAUACAUGCGCUCUCCAGCUCCGCGCUCCUGUUUUAUUAUCUUAAA